AUGAACUACGCCAAAUUAUCAUUAUUACUUGUCGUUUUAUUGGUACCAUUGUUGGCCAAUGCUGAUGGUACUUGCCUCUCUUGCAAGAAGUUGAAUGAGGUCUGUGACCCAUUGUCAAAUGCUUGUGGAAACAAUGCAAUUUGUGCAAAGCAAACCGAUAGCACCUACAAAUGUACCGCCGUUCCAGGCAACGGCGGUGAUUGCUCCAUCACCAAGGCCUGUUUGGACGAGUACGCCUGUGACCCAACUUCCAAAAUCUGUGUCUCCCUUCGCUACCUUGGCUACGGUGAGGCAUGCGCCAACGAUACCCAAUGCACAACCGGCUUGACCUGCAUCAGCUCAGCUUGUGGAACCACCACCUACCCAUCCUGUAUUGCUGACGAGCAAUGUAAGUACAACGAGCGUUGCAACAAUGCUUUAACCUGUGCCGUGCCAGUGGCCGAUGGAACUGCCUGCAAGGCUGAUGGUGACUGCAGUUUCACCAGCAACUGUUUGAACAGCGUCUGUACGGCCUUCUUCUCUGUUGCCAAUGGUGGCGCCUGUGCCGACACCACCAACUGUGACAUCUCCCAGAACCUCGUCUGCAUCAAGAAGACCUGCCAGAACAAGAACGUCAUCACCAACACCAAGUGUAACUCAACUGCUGAUUGUGGAGACUUCUUGAGUGUUUGCACUUGCGACGGCAACUCCAAGCCAGCCAACGGAACCUGCCACCCAGUCAUCGACCCAACCGUCGUAUCCAAGAGCACCUUCACCGACUACUUCAAGUGCCUCCAGACCAACAAGUGUCCACAAGUCGAUGCUAACAUCCCCGCCAGUUGCGCCGGUGGCAAGUGUGGCAGACCCUUGGCCAACGCCAAUUUCAACCCAUGUAACUCUGGCUCUGCCCUCUUUAGCAAUGUCCACCUCACCUUUUUCAGCGCCCUCCUCCUUGCCGCUGCCAUGCUCCUCCUCUAA